AUGAUCUCAGACACUCCGGAGGCAGACUAUCUCCGGCACAAGCAGCUACUGCCCAGACUCCUCUCUCCGGAGCCCGGGCAGCUGAGCAGGAGGCGGGACACCCAGACCACGAGCGGCAGCAUCGUCCCGCAGGAGGUCCGCAGCCUCCAGCCUCCAGCCUCCAGCCUCCAGCCUCCAGCCCCGGGUCCCUCCUCCAGCCCCGGGUCCCCUCCUCCAGCCCCGGGUCCCCUCCUCCAGCCCCGGGUCCCCUCCUCCAGCCCCGGGUCCCCUCCUCCAGCCCCGGGUCCCCUCGGCCCCGGGUCCGCUGCCUGCACCAUGACGUCGGGGGAGUUCAUGCAGACCGCCCCGCUGCUGGCGCACACGUCCAGGAGGAGCCUGCUGUACAAGGGCCUCUGCUUCCUGCUGCUCGUCCUCCAGGGGGCCGUGCUGGACUUCUACCUCAUCGUCUUCACCGACCUGUACUGGUGCUCGUGGAUCGCCACGGACGUGGUGGUGGUCUCGGGCUGGGGCAUCUUCUUCAUGAAGAACGCGCGCAGCAAGAGGCAGCGGGCCUGCGGCUUCCAGCAGAAGACCUCCGUGCUCGGCUGCGGCCUCGGGGACUUCACCUACGCCUACCUGGCCUGGCUCAUCUACGUCAUCGCCUGCACCCCGAAGGUGGUGCUGAUCCUGGAGACGUCCAUCCUGGACCUGGUCGAGCUGAAGGUCCCGUGCGGACUGACCGGCUUUAAGGUGGUCGUGCUGCUGUCCGCGCCGCUGCUCUGCUGCCUGCUCAACGCCAUCACCGAGGACCUGAACGGCGCGACGCGGCACCACUCCCACAGCUGCUUCACGGCCACCUGCCUCGACCUGCUGGACAGCUUCACGCUGGUGGAGAUGCUGCUGAGGAGCGAGAUCCCCAGCGUGUACCUGCAGUACACCGUGGUGUCGGUGUACUUCGUGGCCCUGUCCGUGCCGGUGGUCUGGCUCUACGAGCUGACGGCGUCGGAGCUCCGCUGCCGCUGGCUGUGGGCCCGCUUCUCCUCGGGCUUCGUGGUCAACGCGCCCCUGCUGGUGGUCCGGUGCUUCCAGGUCUACGUCUACACGAUGCCGGUGUCGGUGUUCAUGUUCAAAAACAUCUUCUUCCUGGUGUUUAAGUUCCUGGAGCUGGUGGAGCAGUGCGUGGCCAUGCGGGGGGUGCGGCGGCUGUCCGGCGGCAACAACGCGGCUCAGUUCUCCCACUGCGUGUCCGAGAACGACAUGUGUCCGCACGGGUACGUCAACACCCUGGCCGUCACCCAGUCCUAGAGCCGGGGCCACACCGGGGCCACACCGGGGCCGGACGGGGCGGUGGAGAGGUCGUGCUGCGUUGCAGACACGCUCAGGAAAUGGGAAAAUACGAAUUACGAAUCCAACUCCCGUCUACAGAUAGUGGCUCUGGAUAAAUUAG